UCCAGACACGCGGCCGGCGUGGCGAAUGUACCGCCGAGGCCGCGGCGGCCCUGGAUUACGACUGAAUGGGGAGGGGAAAGCGUGUCCCUACCCUGCCUCCCCACCCCCGCACUGUGUUGUGCGGAGGGCCCCGAGCGGGGUCGGGGGGUCGGGGGGCGCGUUUGGCCCCUGCCUGAUGAGACCAGGCCUCGAGCGGAGGGAGGAAUGGAGCAGCCACCUCUGCAACUUCAGAUCCAGAAGAUCUGGAGAAGUUCCAGGGAGUGGGGAAAGGUUCGGAGUCCCGGCGCCCAGGGCGCAGCCCCUUCUCUCUCACCCCCGAGGCUUGGCAUUUACUCCUCCCACCCCCAACCUUUUUAAGAGGAGGUUGGGUUUUGAUGAGGUUGAAAUUAGUUGAGGAUUUCAGGGCGAGUCGCGGUUACGCUACCUUCCUCCCGCAGUUACUCUCUCAGGAGAUGACAAGCCAAAGUGCGACGAAUAACCCGUCCUCCCACCCUUACGGUCCUUUGGGCGACUCCCCCCUCUGGGGCCCCACCGCUCCUCCACUCCCGAGUAGCGGGAGCCCCAGCCCUCCCCGACCUCAUGGGUUUCCACCAGGGAGGUCCUCCGAGUCGGAGGAAGAAUUUCGUUUCCAGUCCAGACUUCUUUACCCCAAAAAGACCAUUUGUGUGUGCAAGUCGUUUUUAAAUGUCUCCUCGCAGAAAAACUGAAAGUAGAAAGAAAGGAAGCAAUUUCCCAGCAGAUGUCUGACCACCCCUCCUCGCACACUCCCAGCAUCGGGUUACAGGGUCCCGGGAGCCCCCACCCACAUUCGGCAGCCCCACACGGGUGGACCCACAGCCCCUCCACAGCAGCUUGGGCACAACCCCCGAAAGCCCCACGGCACCCCGGAGCCCCUCUCCCUGCACGCCCAGGCCCGGGGGGGCGGGGUGGGUAGCAGUGCAACACAAUGAUGUAGGGAUAAAUAUUAAGCCGUGACAUUGACGUGCCCGGCACCUCCCCUCCCCCGCGCUCCCGGCACACUCUGGGCUGCUCGGCACGCCCCCUCCCGUUCCACUGCGUCCCGCGCCGCGCGCUCAUCCCCGAGGGGCCCCUGCAACCUCUCUGCGCGAAGACGGCUCCAGCUCUGCAGGGAAAGAAAAGUAACUUCGCUUUUCUCGGAGGAACCAGGAAGGAUUAAGCAGCCUGGGAGAGGGCAGGAGCGCGCCGAGGGUGGAAGGCUUGUGGACUGAGACGCGCAGGGGUAGAGACUAUGUAAUCGCUUCGGUGUCUGUGCAGAGGACUGCGCUUCGGGGAGGGAAGAGGAGGGAUCGGCUCGCUCCUUGGCGACUCGGCAGGCGGAGUUUCGCGGCGGCACCGGGGUUGCGCCCGCCCGCGGGGAGGUCGCUCCAUCCAGCCCCAGCGGCCGCGAGAACCCGAGCGCCGGAGCGCGGUAGUCGGCGGGGGCGAGGGCGAGGGCGAGCGAGACCGAGCUCCGGGGCGCGAGGGAGCGGGCCAGGGAGUCCCGGAGGCGAGCCGAGCGCGCCCCCCGCCCGCCCCAGCGGUGCCGCGCCGGGCGGCGUCCGGGCGGCAUGGAGAAGGACGGCCUGAGCCGCGCGGACCAGCAGUACGAGUGCGUGGCGGAGAUCGGGGAGGGUGCCUACGGGAAGGUGUUCAAGGCCCGGGACCUGAAGAACGGAGGCCGUUUCGUGGCGCUGAAGCGCGUGCGGGUGCAGACGGGCGAGGAGGGCAUGCCGCUCUCCACCAUCCGCGAGGUGGCGGUGCUGAGGCACCUGGAGACCUUCGAGCACCCCAACGUGGUCAGAUUGUUUGAUGUAUGCACAGUGUCACGAACAGACAGAGAAACGAAACUAACAUUAGUGUUUGAACAUGUUGAUCAAGACUUGACCACUUAUUUGGAUAAAGUCCCAGAGCCGGGAGUGCCCACUGAAACCAUAAAGGAUAUGAUGUUUCAGCUUCUCCGAGGCCUGGACUUUCUUCAUUCUCACCGAGUAGUGCAUCGCGAUUUAAAACCACAGAACAUUUUAGUGACCAGCAGUGGACAAAUAAAACUGGCUGACUUCGGCCUUGCCCGCAUCUACAGUUUUCAGAUGGCUCUUACUUCAGUGGUCGUCACACUGUGGUACAGAGCUCCAGAAGUCCUGCUUCAGUCCAGCUAUGCCACCCCCGUGGACCUCUGGAGUGUUGGCUGCAUAUUUGCAGAAAUGUUUCGUAGAAAGCCUCUUUUUCGUGGAAGUUCAGAUGUCGAUCAACUUGGAAAAAUCUUGGACGUAAUUGGACUCCCAGGAGAAGAGGACUGGCCUAGAGAUGUCGCCCUACCCAGGCAGGCUUUCCACUCAAAAUCUCCUCAACCGAUUGAGAAGUUUGUGACAGACAUUGAUGAACAAGGCAAAGACCUCCUUCUGAAGUGCUUAACAUUUAAUCCAGCCAAAAGAAUAUCUGCCUACAGUGCCCUGUCUCACCCAUACUUCCAUGACCUGGAGAGGUGCAAGGAAAACUUGGAUUCCCAUCUGCCGCCCAGCCAGAACAGCUCAGAGAUGAACACAGCCUGAGGUCCCAACUACCACCUUGAGCUGAUCACCCGAAGAACACCCUUGGGGGCUGAUGCCAUCCCCCCCACCCCCACCCUUGAGUAAGCCCUGGCAGAGCUGCUGAGGAUCACUGGCUGGGGACCUUCUAGUGGCCAUCUUCUGGACGGGCUCUGCUUCUCCAUGGAAACCGCCUAGUUUACUGUUUUGAAAUCAAUGCAAGAAUGAUUGCAGCUUUAUGUUCAUUGUUUGUUUGUCUGUCUGUUUGUUUGUUUCAAGAACCUGGAAAAAUUCCAGAAGAAGAGAAGCUGCUGACCAAUUGUGCUGCCAUUUCAUUUUUCUAACCUUGAAUGCUGCCAGUGUGAAGUGAGCAAUCCAGGCACAGCUGAGUUAUGAUGUAAUCUCGCUGCAGCUGCCCGAGCCUGAUUCGGUACUUUUGAGCGAGAGUGUGUGUCUGUGUGUGUGUGUGUGUGUGUGUGUGUGAUUCUUGAGCUCUUAAAGUGUUACUUUCUAUAAACAAGAAGAAUAAUUGAAUUUUAAAGACUCAAAGUGACCUAUAAAUAACUGGUGUCUGUUGACUAAAGGUGAUUUACCAGAAUGGGCUUCUCGAAUUAGAAAGUUGAACCAAUGUCCUCAGAAUCUCUUUUAUGGCCAAAAGUAGUAAAUUUGCUAGCAGUAAAAGAUUCACUAUCUAGAUGAAGUUUUAUACACACAACAAAAGGAAAAAAAGGCUAGUGUCUUUUAAGAGACAUGUCUUUUAAAGCAUAACAUUCUGUUUACUCUUCAAAAAGCUGAAUUUACUCCUUAUAAGUCCAUUUUAACCUGUAUUAUAUGCUUUAUUGUUUCUUUUAAAAGAUACCCUAUAAGCUUUUUCUUACUUGCUAUAGAUUUAGGGAGUACACCUCAAAUAGGUAAAAUUGUCAAAAAAAAUUUAGAGAAAGCCUUUAUUUCCUGAUUUAAAAUCUAUUUCCUUUUUAGGUUUUGUUGUUACUUUAUUUUGGUUUUGAUUUUAGGAAUUUGUCAAAAACUGUUUCCUGUUCUGAUUUGGAUAGUAGUUCUGACUAGAGACAGGAAUACCAUUUAACUUUUCUCUAUUACACUGUACUUUUUCUACUAUGCACUGCCUUGUUUGCAAAGUAUCCAUCUUAUCUAUCCCCCAGGGCCUCUAAUAUACAUUACUACCAUUAAAUAACUAAUAACAGAUUGCUUAAGCUUUUCCCAUGCACCUCUUUCUUGCUUUCUUUCAAUGAACCUUUUGUAAAUAGAGUCAGAUUGUGGCUUAUGGCUCCAGUUGUGUGAUCCUAACAGGGUCCUGAAUGUUCUUGCUCUGAUGCGAUCUUCCUACCUAGCAUUCAUUGUUGUUACCUAAGCAGUGAGUAGAGGACUGGUUCUUCUCUAUCACCAGCACAUAGAUUAAACUGUUACUUAGUGUUUUAUGAUUUCUUAGAAUAUGUUGUCAGUGUAGAAUCAGAGGGGAAUAUCUUUAACUAUUUUUUAGAAAUAUAUAUUUUACUCUAUAAAAUGAUCUUUUCUCCAUCCCAAGGCUCUGCUUGUUUCUAGUGCCUUGUGCAUACUCCUGCUCUCUGCAGAGCCAGCCUGACCUGGGCAUUGUGAACAGCUUUAUUUUUGUCUCUUGCCAUUUUCUCUACUGUUCUUUAUAUUCCAUGUCAUCUCUGCCUUAUAUGUGGUCAGUGCUCGAAGACACAGAGAUUAAGUAUCUUUUUGGAAAUUUAGCUGUCUUUGCUCUCUGACUCAUAUUUUCAGUGCAUGCAAGAGUUAGACCAUGUUUAGAGUUAGGGUUUUCAAAGAAUGAACAUUGCCUCCCUCAGUAGAAAAUGUUCCAGAUGAUGUUUAUAUAUUGUCGAGCCUUACUGAAUCCUUCACAGCUCAAUACUCUAUACUACCAUCUUGAACGAGAGAAAAAUUAGGAGACUUUUCUCCUUGCAAGCUUUUUGGGUUGGGAAUUACUCUUUUUUUAAUAUAUAUAUUGUUUAACAUUUUUCUGACCCAGUAACUUGAAGAGCAGGAAGAUUUGUCUAAAGCCAGAUAGGAAUGAGAAGAUGGGCCAUAAGAAUGCAUAAUGCUUUUCUUCAUUGUUGACAACGUUGAUUAUGUUUUGUCAUCACUGUAAAUGCUUGAGAUAUAAUGAAUCCAGAGCAUUUGGGGCAAUGUCUCCCCUGGAACAGUGAAUAUACUGCCUUAACUUUGAUCAGGGGUCAAAAUACAAAGACAUUUUUGCUGGGGCCUAGAAAUUGAAUUUUUAAACUCACUGCACUGAUUUAUCAUGUGCUUUUUAGUUAGUAUCCAUGGUUAGAGUGGACAUAACUUGCGUUCUUGCUUUUUUUAAGUUUUUCAUAAGUUCUCUCAAGAAAAAUGCAGCUGUUCUAAACUGGAAUUUUUCAGCAUUCUUGAGAAUUUUAAACAAGUGGAGCACUCCACUUUAUUUCUAGCAUAUGCUUUAGGUUCAUUUCUCAGUAGUGUUUAUGAAGAAAACUUAAAGCACAAACAUUUCAGCAUUGGAUACUUGGCAAAUUAUCCUUGGAGAGGCAGCAGGAGGAGGGCACCUCGGCCUCUCUGAACUUAGGAGUCUGACCCCAGAUCUUCCACCUGUGGUUCUUGGAGUUGAGUGAUUCCCCUCUUGCUUUAUGUAUUUUAAAUCUGGGCUCACCAGUUCUGAAAUUCAGAUCCCACACAAGCACCCUUGCCAUUAGGGCACUUGGAAGCAUAUAGCCGCAUAGGAGUUUACUGAAUACAGCUUAUUCUUCUGUGACGUAUGGUUUCAAACAUUUUUGCCAAAAGCCAAGCAGUGGUUAGCUGAAAAAGUCAUACUGCCCCAGGAUUAUACUGAAGCAGCUAUAAGCAGUAAAAAUACGAUGUCAGAUUGAAAAUCACGUUUGCAUUUCUUACUGAGGACUGGUCCUGGAAUGUGCCUGAUAGUUUCUAUAUGAUAGCUGUUCUGGUGGCCCAGGCAUUUUGGAAACUGUUGUGCGGAGUAGAGUUCUAACCAUCCCUAUUAAGAAUAAAAGAGAAACCUGUCCAUUUCAGCAUCAUAAGCUAUCAUGGCAAAGGUAAAAAGGCCCCAAUUUUAUAACCUUAAAAACAGAAUUUCCAAGAGCUUGUAAGAACCUGGUGUGUUGGCGCCUCCCACUUUGUCUCUCCUUUAAAGUAGAUAGAAACCCAAGAAGCAAAGAACCUGUUUUGGACAGGAGCUCCGAGCCAUUUCAUCCCUCUGUGUUCUCAUGAUUUUCUCUCAGGAAUCACACACUAGAAGAGCACACUUUUCAUUUAGCCCAACAUGUGUUACUAAAAAUAGUUCAAAGUAUUUACCUAAGCAUAGAAUUUCAUCUUCUUUGUUUUAAGUUAAAAGGAAAAUUUUGGAACACAUGGGAUAUCUUAAAGAAAAUUUGUACCACUUUACUGGAGGUUUAUCAUUUGACUCCAGAAUGCGGUACUAUCCAUCCCAAUGAAAAAAAACUAAAUAGUACCAAACAUUUUGAACCUUAAAUUAUGUAUUAAAGUUGAGCUUUUAACUAUAGCUGCUUCUCUUAAAAAGUGGUGUCUAUUAAAGUCAAUAAUGGCAAUCCUCAUUCAAUUAUGAAAAUUAAAAUCAUGUAAGCUUCCUAAUAGCACAAACUAAAUAUUAAAAUUCUUCUCUUCAAAGAAUCACUUCUUUUAAAUGACAACUGGACUGUUUUUAUGAUAAGUACAAGAGAGAGUGUCUCACAUUUUUCAAAAGCAGGCUUUUGUUGCAUAGUUGGGUCUAGGAAAGAAUAACAUUAAGUUAAUAAGCCACUAUAAUUACUUAAUUAUGUUGGUACAGAAACUAUAGAAUAUUUACCUUGGAAAGAAAAUGUUGAGACAUUAGAAAUCCUUAGGUAUUGGUAGAAUUCAAAAGAAUGCAUUUUUACAUUGUGACACAUAGAAACAGUGUAUUUUAUAAAAAUAAAAAUGUGGUGUGAUUUCUAAACCUUUUAAAAGUCCUAAAACAGUGGACAACGGAUAGAGGAAAUUCAGGAGAAAAAUGAAGGUAUUUCAAAGAAGGAUAGUUUCAAAGUUAGAUAUAUUUUGAAGGAUAUAUAUUUAUUAACAAAUAUAUUGUAAGAAUCUAUAUUAAAGUCACCUUGCAACUGAAGUUGGUACAUUCAAAAACAUGUUUUAUGGAAAAGCUGUUCCAAGCAGUUGCCAUUUCAAAGGGUGGCCUGAGCACACUAAACCAUCUGUAUUCCUUUCUUAUUUCAUGAGAGGAAGCAGCUACAUGAAGCUACACUCAUUAUGCAAGCCUAAGAAUGUUCACUGUAAAGAGAAAUAAUAAUAUGUUUUUAAAAGGCACAUAUUUCCUAUUCCACCAGAAUUUUUUGGAAAAUUGUGAAGCCCAAAUCAUGUGCAUUCAAUACAUUCAGAUAUUAGAAACAUAGCUACAUGCUCUUUCUCCACCAUGGAAACACUUCUUGAGGCUACCAAAAACCUGUUGAGCAAUUAAGCCCCCCAGAUAUUGAAUAGUGGUGUUUUCCUCAAAAGCACAAGAAAAUAGCAUUUUCACUCAUCAAUGCAAUUUUCAACCUAAUUGUGUUACAUACCUAUAUCUCAAGCAUUUCUAACUUGUACUUUUUCAGAAAAUAAACCAACAUAUUCCUUUGGCCUUUUC